GGGCGGGAUCUCGGCGCGGCCGGGCCCCCGCGGCGCCAUGCAGGACGAGCAGCCCGACAGCCUGGAGGGCUGGGUGCCGGUCCGCGAGGGCCUCUUCGCCGCACCCGAGCCGCACCGGCUGCGCUUCCUCGUGGCCUGGAACGACGCGGAGGGCCAGUUCGCGGUGACCUGCCACGACCGCACGGCGCAGCGGCGGCAGGGCGAGGCGGGCGGGCGCGGGCCGGGGCCGGGGCCCGGGGCCGCCGCGCCGCCGCCCAGCUGGGCCGGCCUGCUCUCGGCCGCGGGGCUCCGCGGCGCGCACCGGCAGCUGGCGGCGCUGUGGCCGCCCCUGGAGCGCUGCUUCCCGCGGCUGCCGCCCGGGCUGGACGCGGCGGGCGGCGGGCCGGGGCGCGGGCUGUGGGCGCGGGUGUGGCCGGCGCGCGCGGGCCCCGGCGAGGCGGCGCUGCGGGAGCUGUGCGGGCAGCUGGAGCGCUACCUGGGCGAGGCGGCGGGCGGCUGCGGCGGCGCCACGGUGCGGGACGCGCUCUUCCCGGCGGCGGCGGGCGCGGCGGGCGCGGCCGACUGCGAGAGCCCGCGCGAGUUCCGGGAGCGCGCCCUGCGCGCGCGGCGGGCCGAGGCCGGGGCGCGGCUGCGGCAGGUUCUCCAGGGGCAUGGGAGAGCCAGCACCUUGGUCGCAUUAAUGAGAGUUUAUCAAGAGGAAGAGGAAGCAUAUCAGGAACUGGUCACCGUAGCAACCAUGUUCUUCCAGCAUCUACUGCAGCCCUUUAGGGACAUGCGAGAAGUUGCAACUUUAUGCAGGCUCAACAUUCUGAAGUCCCUGGAUGAGGAUGAUCUCGGUCCCAAAAGGGUCAUGGCUUUGCAGAAGGAAGCUGAAGAAUGGACCAGACAGGCUCAAGAAGCUGUCGCCUCGAUUCAAGACAUCACCGUGGAUUACUUUAAGGAAACAGUGAAGGCAUUAGCAGAAAUGCAGAGACAAAUGGAACAAGAUGAGAAGAGAUUUGGCCCUGCAGCCUGGGCCACGGCCACUCCCCGCUUGGAGAGACUUAAGCGCCUGUUAGCUCGGGAGACUUUGCAACUGCUGAGAGCCAGAGAGUUGUGUUUAAAUCACAAAAAAGCUGAGAUAAAGAGAAAGAUGGAAGACCUUCCGGAUCAAGAAAAAAAUGUAGAUGCUGUAGAUGAGCUAGAAAUGCAGUAUUAUGAAAUUCAGUUGGAACUAUAUGAAAUCAAAUUUGAGAUUUUAAAAAAUGAAGAAAUACUUCUUAUUAUACAGCUGGAUUCUAUUAAAAGACUUAUAAAAGAAAAGCAGGAUGAAGUUGUCUAUUACGACUCAUGUGAAAGUGCAGAGGAACUUCAAGUGGUUGUGGAUGCUGGGGAGCUGGCGGAGCUCAACCGGCAGCGGCAGCAGCUGGAGGCCAAGCGGGGCAGGAUCUGCACCAAGAGGGCCCGCCUCAGGAGCAGACAGGGCCAGUGCAAAGAAACUCACCGGCUCAGAUUACAACAGGCUGAAGCAAGCAUAAGACAUCUUCAUCAGCAUCACAGCAUUCAGAUGAAGAGAGACAAAGUAAAAGAAGAGGAGCAAAAGAAAAAGGAAUGGAUAAACCUAGAACGUCAAAAAACGCUCCAACGAUUAAGAGCCUAUAAAGGGAAGUGUCCGGCUCAGUCUGUGCUGAAGACCUGCCCAGAAGCCAUGACUGGGACCCUGCAGCCACCCUCCGCUGAUCCCCAGUGGGUAUCCAGGACUCCAGGGGCUGGAGGAGGACCUCCCGUCCCCCAAGGCAGGGGUGAGAAGACUCCGCAGCACCAAGACUGUUCUGGAACCAUCCCUGUCCAGACACAUCCCAAACCCAGCGAGGAACUGUCACUGUCAGCACCGCCACCGCCACUACCUUCUCCUCCUCCACCCCCACCACCACCCCCGCUGCCCCCUGCCCUGGCCUCUGCCUCUCAAGCUGUCACUCAUCAGAACUCGGCCCUCAGAGCCCCACUAACAGAUGACCAGCCACGCUCCCUACUGUGUGAACUAGCAGAAAGACCACGUGGUUGCGCUGGAAGUUUUCAGGGCCCAGGAUCUAUGGAUGAAGUGCUGGCCUCCUUGCGGCAGGAAAGAACACCUCUCAGGAAAGCAGAAGGGCCUGCUGUGCCCGAGGGGCCCCCUCCCCACUCCUCAGCCAACGAGCAGAUUCUGGCUGCCAUAAGGCAGGGGGUCAGACUAAAGAAAGUCCACUCGGACUCAGGCCCACGCCUGGGCCCCAACAGAAAGCCAGCCAGCGACCUGGAAAGGAGCAUCAAGGCUGCGCUGCAAAGAAUCAACAGGGCGUCUGCCGACUCGGAGGACAGCGACGAGCAGAGCCCUGGAGAGUGGGAUCGUUAGGCCCUUCUUGGGUCUGCCGCAGGCAGGCCGGCCACACAGUACCCAGGCCAGUGGGCUGUGGGGGAGACACUGGGAGGAAGCACAGGUGCCGCCACCACGCCAAACCAGUCGGUGGGACCCAUUGCCAGCCUACGUGAGAGCACUGCCUCUCCGUGGGGUCACGGGGUCACGCUUGUGUGACUGCUGUGCCGCACCGGGAGACCCCUGACCUCGUCCUGUGCCUAUGGAUGGAUUCUCAGAUUGAAUGUGAACACUGCCUUAGCAAUGAUCAAAGCAAAUUAAACAGAUAACAAGUGUGCUUUA